GUAACACGUCCUGUUGUCCGUCCGUUCCCACUAUUAUAGAGAGACAGAAAAAUAUACAAGGGAAAAAAGAAUAAAUUAUAUAGUAUGUGUUUCUCAAAUAGUUCUAUAUUUUAUUCAUUAUUUUUUGCAAACUGAAGAAGGAAGAAGAUUCUUCCGAAAUGUUUUUGAAAUAAUUUCUGCUAAUAAAAUUUAAAAGGAAGAGUUUACAACCAAAAACUAACAGCUUAUAAUUUAUCCUCUUUUUUUUCUUUAUGCCAUACUUCUUCUGUCUGAGCAUCAAAAACUUCAUCAAUUCAAUGUGGUAUAAAUUAUUUAUAGUCAAUAUAUUUUCAAAAUUUUUCAACUUUUGAUCUUUGAAUUUUGAUAUGAAACAAACUAUCUCCUGCAAAAUUCUGCGUAACUUCAGUUUUGAUUCUGGAAUAUGAAAAGCAAAUAAAAAUCAUAUGUUACGUGGAAGCGCUAUGGUAAAAGGGUCGUUUCUGUCAUCAAUCGUCUGGUCAGUAAUUGAAACAACCUGGCAAAAGCAGCUACGCACCGGUCAUAAUCGUAGUCGUAUGUAGAGCUGUUCUUGUUGUUGUGCAGUUACUGCUGUUAGCAUCAGAAGUUCUAAACGGAAAACGAAAAAUUCAUCACAGUUACAAUCUGAUCGAGGAGUCUCACGGACUCAUGUGAUGCGAAGCUAAAGCACUAAGCCUGCACUGUUGCAGCUUCCACAAAAAAAGGGCAUAUUGCCUUAUUACUUACGUUGUGGUGGUAGGUGGUUUUUAUUGUAACUCCUAGACGUACGCCUAUGCUACUAGUACCGACGAGAAAUGUAAAGCAGUAUUGUAAUGACACAACUGGAACACUUUAAAAAAAGAGAAAAGACAAAGAACUCAGAAAAGCUGAUAGGUGAUGAUAAAUAGUAUUUUACUUAUUGAUUGCUUGUGCACAGAAUAUUUGUGUUCCUGCAUCACUCGAAGUCGGUGUCCAUGUAACUGUCUUAUACCAAAGACUCGGAUUAGUUGUCAACUGUGUUAUGAACCCAUUGUCGUAGACGAUGAACUGAACUGAAUAGCAAUAUCGGACAGUGUGAUACUUGAAUCAUUACACACAUCCAUCACAUAGACUGUAAUUGUAUGACUAUGACUCAAUUCAACCUUCUCUUCCGAAUCUUGUUUUAUGUCUAGCCUCACUACUACUACGGUAACAACGACGGCCGCCAAUGAAACUAUUGCGACUGUAUCUGUGCAACGUAAGUAAUAGAAAGAAAGUAUCAGGAGAAUGAAGAAAAAAGUACCGCUCAAAGUCUGUCUUUUCCUCAGCUACAACUACAAAUCCGGCAGAUCUCAACAUCCCGUUGAUUAUUGGUCUCUCGAUCCUGGUAAUACUUCCACUUUUAGCUUUAUGCUGCUGCUGUUGUUACUGGUGGCUCUGGUAAAAAUGUUUUUUUACUGAAAUUAUACACUCCACUGCGCUUCCAUACUUUAUGUGUCUUUUUAUCACAGUGGUGCAGCAGCCAGACGUCGUCGACGAAAACGUGAGAAAGAGAAAGACGAAGAAGAAGUACGACGGAGAUAUUUGAUAGUGAAUCCGCAGCGGCCGACGGAUCGCGUCAGCGGAGAAUCAUGUUCCACAACAGAUUUGAUCCCAGCAAAAUCCCGUCGUCAUCGUCAUAGUCGGAUCAAUAAUACCACCACGUCAUCGACACCAAGAACAAGUUAUUUGGACGACAAUUUGGGUGAUGAUAAUCAAAAUAGUCGUGUCCGCUACAGUUAUCAGACAAGUGUCACCACUCUCAGUGGUCUCGAUCUUAAUGCUGCACCGCUGCAGCCACCACUAUCCAGUUCAGUUCGGAGUCUAGGCGGCGUUACUAUUCAAAGAGUUUCCACAAAUGAGCGCCUAUCGACAACGACAACAGGUAAUUUGAGAAUUAAAGCACCUGUGGCUGCUGAUGAUAUUAAGCGCGAUGCGCAUGGGAGCAAUGUGACGAUUCAGAAAUUGUUACGUACACGAUCGUUACUCGAAUCCAAUAUCAACACAGGAAUGUCGACGGUCGUUGUGGCAGAGCAGGCAUCGAAAAGGCGAACGCCUAUUAGUGUCAGAAAAAUCCGACGUAGAUCUCAGAUUCAUCGUAGUAGGGAUUCAUUAACAUCGGAUAUCAUACCAUCCCCAUCCCCAUCCCCACCAUCAUCCAAAAAAUCAACAGCUACGAUCAGCGUAACCAAACUGAAACGUCUAAAGUCUUCUGCUGCUACUGUUUCUGGUGUUGAGAUCCAUUCAGGCCCAACUGAAACUAAAAAAUGCGUUGAUGCAACGCUACCACCAUCAUCAACACCUACAGAAGAUGCUUAUGCACCCGCACGAAAAAGUGUCGCAAGUCGAGUGUCAGUUGUCAGAAUUCCACGUGCGAAUUCAAUGGCUACUAUAGUAUAA